AUGUCUGAGCCACAAAUAACAUCACCUGCAGAUCCUGCAGUAGCCCACGUGGAAGAUGGAAAAAAAGUGGAGAAACAAACUGAAGACUAUGGCACCUUCGGCCAGGUGUUGUACCACGUGGUGUCGUUCACUGAAGGUUACGAGCAGCAGGUGUUGUACUUGUGCAUGAGGCUCUUCGAGUCAACUAUGGGCUUCACCAAGCGGCAACAGACAAUGCUGAUGACCGUGUCUAUCAUGUCGCGCUUAUGCUUCUCUCUUGUCUGGGGGUUGCUGGCGGAUGCGUUUGAGACUAACCUGGUGAUGUCUGCUGGGUUAUUGUUCAUGGGCAUCGCCUCGAUUCUGCUAAGCUCAACUUCAAGGUACUCGUCGAUCCUCUUCUUGCGCUUCUUACACGGUGCUGCAUUUGGAUGUAUUUACCCAGUUCAACAAAAGAUUAUUUCAGAUAAAGAUGACGAUGAUGAGCGCAACAGCAGCAGCAGUACGUUUACCCGUCUUCACGCGCUGAAUUGCAUUGGCCGUAUGCUCUGUGCUGCAAUAACCACGGAAGCUGCGCAGAACAUCUUGCUGGGAUUCAUCGGCUGGCGCGUGUCAUACAUUGUGUUGGGUUACGUGUGGAUUUCGGUUGGCAUUGCAAUUAUAUUUGCAAUGCAAACUAAGCAUGAACUCAUAUCACCUUAUGGAUCCAUAAUGGGGUUCGUGGAGCAAAUAUCCGGUGCCUUUAAAGCUGUUUUUACAAAUUGGUCAGCAUUUCUGUGUAUAUUUACGAUGUUGAUCGCGGAGGCCCCUAUGUGCAGUCUGCCGUACAUGAUCACGUACCUGGAGUACCUGGGUGUCUCUGAUAUGAAGGUUGGUAUUGCGAUUUUGGUAACGACCAUUGGUGGCGCAGCAGGGAGUGCAGCGGGAGGAAUAGUUAUCGAAAAAAUUACAAGUAUGCAUAAGGAUUAUGGCGAACUGAUUGCCGGCAUCGUUGUGAUGGGCGUGCGAUUAAUCGUUUGCGUGUUGUUCUUCGUGUCACCGGCGCCAGACGGACGUUUGAUGUGGUAUCACUACAUAGAGUUUGCGAUUCUUGGUGCGACUUUGGUCACAGUUGGUGGCGUGGAUAGACCCAUUAUGAGGAAAGUGAUCGAGGACAAGUACCAAGCAAGCGCAUCGGCCAUCAUCCAGUGCAUAUCGGGUAUCUCGGUUAGCGUGAGUUUCGUGGAGAUCUUUGCGUACGUGUCCGAGAAGUUACACGGUUACGCCCCGUCAAAACAGGCAAUUGAUGACAUGGACGCGGCGCUGAAAGAUAACAACACCGAAGCCCUGAGAAAGUCGACCAUGUACAUGAUCGUGAUAGGCUCAUUGCUCAACAUUGCGUGCUAUGGCGCACUGUUUGGCACAUAUAAAGUGGAUAAGGUGGAGGUAAAACAGAAGAACAAGAUAGAAUGGGUUGAAAGGAAAAAAAGGGAAGAAGCGAGGCAGUAUAGUACGGGAACGUUAACUGAACAGGAAAUCACAGAAAUCCCACCCGAUCUAGAAAUCCCCAAAGAGAGACAAUUUGAUGUAGAAACGCCUUUGUCAGAAAGUGCUAGGAGAGACACAGAUGGAACAGAGAAAAAUGGCAUGUACGGCGGACCCGGCAGGUCAGACGAUUACGAGAUUGUGACGCCUCAGAUGAAAGCACAGAUGCUGCGUGAUGGCCCGAGUUUUAGAAUAAAAUAA